AAAAAGCUUCACCACUUGAAACCUCUCUCUCUCUCUCUCUCUCUGGUUGACCCGAUAAUUUCUCUCUCGCAGACACACAGAUCUCUCUUCGAAUCUGCUAGAUCUGUUCGUUUUCUUACAUCUGUAUUGCGAAACCUCAGAUCGGAAGGUUUCGUUUACAGAUCUAGCGAUUCUCCGUUACAAGUUUCGUUGUAUUUCCGAGUUCCGACGUAUGCUUUGUUUUCAGAUCUGGGUUUGUUGUAUCUCUAGAAAUGGCGGAGACUUUGAAAGAAGAUUCGAUUAUGAUUCGAGAGGUUUGGGAUUACAAUUUGGUUGAAGAAUUCGCGUUGAUCCGUGAGAUUGUUGACAAAUUCAGCUAUAUCGCUAUGGAUACUGAGUUUCCAGGUGUGGUUUUGAAGCCUGUUGCUACUUUUAAGUACAAUAAUGAUCUUAACUAUAGGACUCUCAAGGAAAAUGUUGAUUUGUUGAAAUUGAUUCAAGUUGGUUUAACGUUUUCUGAUGAGAAUGGGAAUCUUCCUACUUGUGGGACGGAUAAGUUCUGCAUCUGGCAAUUCAAUUUCCGUGAGUUCAAUAUCGGUGAGGAUAUCUACGCCAGCGAGUCGAUUGAGCUGUUGCGUCAGUGUGGGAUUGAUUUCAAGAAGAACAUUGAGAAAGGUAUUGAUGUGGUUAGGUUUGGUGAGCUUAUGAUGUCGUCUGGGAUUGUUUUGAACGAUGCUAUCUCGUGGGUUACGUUCCAUGGAGGAUAUGAUUUCGGGUAUUUGGUUAAACUGUUGACUUGCAAGGAAUUGCCUCUCAAGCAAGCUGAUUUCUUCAAGCUACUGUAUGUGUAUUUCCCUACGGUUUACGAUAUCAAGCACUUGAUGACGUUCUGCAACGGACUGUUUGGCGGAUUGAACAGACUCGCUGAGCUUAUGGGUGUGGAAAGAGUUGGGAUUUGUCAUCAAGCUGGGUCAGAUAGCUUGCUCACCUUAGGCUCGUUUAGGAAGCUCAAGGAACGUUAUUUCCCAGGAUCAACUGAGAAAUACACUGGAGUCUUGUAUGGUCUAGGUGUGGAAGAUGGUACUACUACUGUUGCUAAUUAAGAAGAAAAGAAAUGAAAGAUAUUUGAAAAAUUCCAGGGAACUGCAAUUAGAUUUUUCUUUAGACUUUGUGAGUGUGAGACCAAUUAGAAUUGUCUUUGUGUAAAUUGGCAAAUUUGGUGUAGUAAGUGACUUGUUGUGUCUUUGUUGCUGUUGUUUUCAGGAAAACCCCUUCUGAUCAAAACUGAGGGGUUUUUGUUUUAGCUUGAGUUUCUGAAUGUAUAUCAAUUCAGCUACCCGUUUAUUUAAUAAAUAAUCUCCAAUUUU